CAGUGGAGCUUUGGAAUACGAACGGGUAAGUUUAAUCUGAAGUGCUGGGCUCGAGAAUAAGUACUUGGAAACUGGAUGUUAGGCAACCAGUGCUAUUGCUGGCUCAUUUAUGUGGCCCCGAUUUACCAUGUGAAGUUUUAGCCUCCGAACUGCGCCUGCGUAAAAGCUCCCUCUCUUUCCUCACGUCCACAACGCCCGCAACACCCACAUCUUGCCUACCACCUCUCAACUGCGCCCUCACCCGCGCCCGCGCCGAUCGUGCUCGUGCCCUUGACAACGGUCCAUGGUCCACAGAUAGCGUUUCGAGAAGAUAAAGGCAAUCUAUGGUUGGGGCAUGUGUGCCCAUAUGCGGCUCCUCAAUACUUCUACUACUCGCCGGCGUGCUGUCGAGGUGCGACUUGGUGGGAAAUGGACCCCACUACGAGAGGUUCUCGAGACAAGACCCUUGUUAAACGCUGAAGUUUCUGUCGGUGGCUUGGAGGGAUCUCAGCUGCAACGAGAAUAGUGGUACGGCAGCGGCAAGGUUUUCGACCUCUUACGUCUUUCAAAGGAGCUACGCCUAAUCAUCUACGAGCAAUUACUCUGCGCACAAGCUUACCCCUAUCGAUGGCUCCUCAACGGAUAUCUGCCGUACUGCUGUACCUCCCAUUCAAAGUCGGGUUUGCUUAGCGGGAGCGAGAUCGGAUCGGCGGGCACGUUGGUGCGAACAGCAAAGUUCACCGGUAAAACCAGAGUUGGGAUACUAAACGGCGCGGGCAGCCCAAUGGGCCUUCUUCUUACAAACAAGCAAGUACACCAGGAAGUGCAUGAGAUCUUGUGGAAAGGGAUGGAGUUUCGUUUUUCCAACUUGAAACUAUUCGAACGAUUUGACAGCACAUUGCCCACGAUCA